GGACUCGGUGCUGAACCCCACUUUCACUCCUGUGUUCCAGGGUCAAGGCAGCAGUAAUGCUAACGUUGGCAAGCAAGCUGAAGCGAGAUGACGGUCUCAAAGGCUCCCGGUCAGCAGCCACAGCCUCAGACUCCACUCGACGGGUUUCUGUGAGAGACAAGUUGCUUGUCAAAGAGGUUGCAGAACUUGAAGCCAAUUUACCUUGUACGUGUAAAAUACAUUUUCCUGAUCCGAACAAGCUUCAUUGCUUUCAGCUCACAGUGACUCCAGAUGAGGGUUACUACCAGGGUGGAAAAUUUCAGUUUGAAACUGAAGUUCCCGAUGCAUACAACAUGGUGCCUCCCAAGGUGAAAUGCUUGACCAGGAUCUGGCACCCCAACAUCACAGAGACAGGUGAAAUAUGUCUAAGCUUACUGAGAGAGCAUUCGAUCGACGGCACUGGCUGGGCCCCCACGAGGACAUUAAAGGAUGUUGUUUGGGGCUUAAACUCUUUAUUUACUGAUCUUCUGAAUUUUGAUGAUCCACUGAAUAUCGAAGCUGCAGAGCAUCAUUUGCGGGACAAGAUGAGAGCUGCAGAACUUAUUCUACUGGGGCAAAGAUUGUGUCUGUCUUUAACUUUACAUAGAGGACUUCCGGAAUAAAGUGGACGACUACAUCAAGCGUUACGCCAGAUGAUAACAGGAGAAGACUGCGGGCCCGUGGACUGUGUGUUAUAGUUUGUCUCUCGUGAAGCAGCAAGAGGUAGCCCCUCCUCUCCCCAGUCCUCACGCUCCCUCUCAGUCCCACUGGAUUGUCCCCGUCUUGUGACCAUGCUGUCCUGAAGAAGACCAUCUUCAUGACCGCCAUUGUAGCUGGAGAGUCCAACAUAAAUACAGCAAGGAAAUGUGGUUGGGCUUCUAAAGAGUUGUCUGCUUACCUUAACAUGUUUACGUUUGAAACUGUACUGCGCAGGCGGCUGGUGAGAGUCCCGAGAGGUUGUAAUGAACUCGCAUUGAGGCCAGAGCUUGUUUACCCUUUUCCCAAACAAAGCCGGUUCCUGCACACGUGAUGCUAAUGACGUGCUCGUUGUAGCUCACAGGUUGGCAGGAAGACCCCCGCUGCAAACUGUGAUUGGGUGCGGAUUCGGUAGCUUCUCCCAUGAGUGUUGGCCCUGCCUAGAUGUGAAGCUUCCCAGAAUGCAGUCAUUCACUGUAGGUCUCUUACUGAAAUGCGUAUUUUAUUUAAUGUAAGUCUAUUUUGGAACAAAUUUGUAAUUUGUACAAUUUAAUGCUUUAAUUAUUUUUUUCUAUUCUCAUUUAGUUUGUAUUUUCAUUGUAUAGAGCAGACAGAAAGAUGUUGGGUCAAGCAACUGUUAAAGAGAAAUACAAAAAAAUAUGAAGGAUACUUAUUCAUUCUGUCCAAAUGCAGUGAGCAGCUGGCUCUCAAAAAUCAGCUCUUGUUUUCAGGUCCAGAUGUGGCUGGAACAUUUCCGAGCCCUCUGAAGCUGGCUCUGGAUGGUAAAAAUAAAAAUAAACACACAAAAGACA